AUCCCACCCCGUCAUCCGGCCUCAUCGACUCCAUCCCCCAUCUCCCCUCCAUCACCUCCAUCCAACCCCGAAUCCACGCGGAUAGCAUCACACACCAAGAUGUCCGCUAAAUUCGGCCAGCGCUUCGGCGCUAGCAUGCGCCAGAACUUCCAGCGCUUCGCUCAGCGACGAGCACAAAGCACAGCGACGACCACGCCCGAAGCCGCAGCGAGCCAGAGCGGCUUCCAGAAACUAUGGAACAGCCCUAUUGGCCCCAAAACAGUGCACUUCUGGGCUCCCAUCAUGAAGUGGGGCGUCGUGCUCGCGGGCGCCGCCGACUUCGCCCGCCCGGCCUCCUCCCUCUCCAUCUCGCAGAACGUGGCCCUCUCCUGCACAGGCCUCAUCUGGACGCGCUGGUGCUUCGUCAUCAAGCCGCGCAACCUCUUCCUCGCCAGCGUCAACUUCUCCGUGGCGCUGGUGGGCAUCACGCAGAUUGCACGAGUGGUGGCGUAUCAGCGGUCGCUGACGCCGGAGGAGCGGGCGAAGACGGAGCUGGGGACGAUUGAGAGGGUGGUGGAGCAUCCGGGGAAGUUGGUCGAUGCUGCGAAGGGGGAGAAGGUUUGAGGGGGAUGAGUGAAGACGAGGGAGUGCUUGUUUCUUUUGUGGGGAGUGGUCGAUGGCGCUACGCAGAUGUCCAUAUGCACAUCUAAGGGUUGCGAAUUCCUUUUAUGAUCACUUGUGUCUUACCAACGCCUACUUGCUGUCGCUGGGAGCUAUUGAGGCCCGACUUCGUUCCACCCAAUCCAUCGGCUUCAUUGAACCUGCUCUGGGCCUCGCUCACGGAACGCGCCACAGACAUCCAUUCGAGAU